AUGAGCAAAACUGAGUUGCCUCUAGUGCCCACCGCACGGUCGUCUAACUCGUCAUCCUCUAGCCGUAGUAAUCUUCAUUCAUCAAGCUCAAUCAACUCAGAAAGGAGUGUGCGUAGCCUGUACCGGGAAGAAGAUCGCGAGGAGGAGCCACAAGAGUCGAGUAGCGGACUGUGGGACGAAGUUGAACACUUUUUGAACAAGCCGUCGCCAAACCUGUCGAACUUAUCGGGGAAGACGUCAAAGGUUGAUAAACCACCGAGUAAACUACCUUCUUUAAAUGGGAGAAGAGCGUCCCCAGACAACCAAGCGACGAAGUCGCGUGCUUCGAUUGGACCAAAAACGAUCGACCCCAAACUUCUUCAAGAAGCCUUCGCGUAUGCCAAUCAGCUGCAGCAGAUGAGCCUCGCCGACGAAGAUGCAGAGCAGCAGCGAUCGAGAAACAACAAGACCAAAAUGCACAUGCAACGUGCUGCUCUUGGAAGAACAAACUCGUCGUCUGAGACUCGGAAACAGAAAGCGAAAGCGGCUUCUUCGUCGGCUUACAGCUCGUCCGUGAAGCCUAAAGCUGCGAAAUCCAAGGGUCACAUGGAUCCCCAGACACUGCAAGCGCUUGUGAGCAACCUCCAGAACGGCACGAGGUUGGACGAGCUGCGUCGAGAGCUCGCAGUCUCUCGGCAGAGUAUGGCCAUCUCUCGCCAGGUUCUACAAGAUGCAGCUCAGAAUUUCUUCCAGUCGCACUAG